AUGGCAGCCGUCGCGCCCGCGACCGCGCCUGUCGACGAGGACUCCAAAAUCGAACUCUACAAGGAUGCCCUCUACGAUGCAUGUCGUGCCAGUGGCACCGAUCAACGGCUCUUCUCGCAGCAGGAGCUCCUCGAUCUUGGCGCCAUCCCUGCCAACGACUUGACAGUCCUUAAGUCGGUACUGCAACGGCUCAACGAUGAGCGGUUGUUGAUCUUAUGCCAGGGGCCAAAUGGCCUGGCCUUCAAAUGGCGAGAGCAAUCCGAAGCAGAGAAGUAUGUACAAAAGUGUGGAGACCAGGAGCAGGCCAUGGUCUACUCGGUAAUCGACGAUGCUGGAAGUGAUGGGAUAUGGUCACAGACCAUAAUCAGGCGGUUACAGAUGCAUGAGAAUGUUUUCAAAGCAGCGAUCAAGCAUCUCAUCCAGAAGAAGCUGGUCACCCCGUUCAAGAGCGUCGAACAUCCUAACAAGAAGAUGUACAUUAAAGCCUCGCUCCGACCGUCGGAGAAGGCCACCGGCGGCCCUUGGUUCACGGAUCAGAAUCUUGACGAAGCCUUCAUCGAGGCUCUCCAGUCAGUUAUCUAUGACUUCAUCAAGUCGAAGAGCACAUAUCGCAAAGGAUCGGGAGUCACUCAUCGACAACAGCCGAAGAAGGGUGUGGUACGAGGUAGCGUGGAAAAGGUGAAGAAGCGAGCGGCGGAUCAAAUGAGCACGGACGACCCGUCGACAACGAAAUCUUCGGCGCCUGCCGUAGGCGCGCCCAAGGAGCGUGACAAGGAAAAGGAGAGGGACAAGGAGAAGGAUAUUCUCCUCCCCAUGCCGGCGGGCUAUCUCGAUUACCCGACAGUGAGCGACAUAGCCAAGGUGUUGUCGAAAACGAACAUCACCAAAACCAUUCUCAGCGAGGAGGACGUGCAAAAACUAAUUGACGUUCUCAUCGCCGACGACCUGAUCGAAGAGGCCUUUAUCACAGGCAGGAAAAGCUUCCGCAUCGUUCGCCCAACGCAACAGAGCUUGGAGGGCUGGGCAGUCAAGCAGGGCACUGCGGGCGACGAUAUCGAGGCCGGUCCGGACCUGUAUAGGAACGGCUUCACGCACAUCCCUUGCGGCAAAUGUCCCGUCUUUGAUCUUUGCGAGCCAGGUGGUCCUGUUGCCCCCAGCAAUUGCGAGUACUUUCAAUCCUGGCUCGGAAAGGAGUAG